UCGCCCCCUCCCCCUCGCUUCCAUCAUUUUCCCAUCUCUUCCCCUCAACAAACAUGGCCGCGAAAUCUGAUGGUGCUCCUGCCUCUCCGCGAAACGAAAUCCCACCCGAGUGUCCCGCCCGGUCCGAACCGACACCGCCGGAGCGCCGCGUGAGCGAGCAUCGGUACAGCCUGCAGGACUUCUGCUGGACCCUCUGCGUCCUGCUGGUGUUUUUCUCGGACGGGGCCUCAGACCUGUGGCUGGCUGCCGACUACUACCUGCGGAGGGAGUACUGGUGCUUCGCCUUGACUCUGGUCUUUGUGAUCGUCCCGUCCGUGGUCGUGCAGGUGUUGAGCUUUCGGUGGUUCGCCUAUGAUUUCACGGAGUCCGUGGAGAGCGGCACGGCGGCGGCCGUGGUGGCGGCAGCGGCGGGCGCGGAGGGAGGCGACUUCAGCACCAAGGACAGCGGAGAGUGGGGCGCUGGCCGGGCCGCCGCGGUGCUGCCGGGGCCGACCGGCGGGGGCCGAGUCCGGGGCUGCUGCAGAGCCUUCAUGUGGGUCUUUCAAGCCCUCAUUCACAUUUUGCAGCUGGCGCAGGUCUGGAGGUACGUCCACGCCUUGUACUUGGGGGUGCAGAGCCGUUGGCAUGGCGACCCGGAGCGGCGCCACUACUACUGGCGGAUGAUGUUUGAGAGCGCGGACAUCAGCAUGCUGCGUCUGCUGGAGUCCUUCCUGAAGAGCGCUCCUCAGCUGGUGCUGCAACUUAGCAUCAUGAUCCACACCAGUCAGGUUCUACCUCUUCAGGGGAUUUCUGCCUCCGCCUCGCUGCUGUCCCUCGCCUGGAUGAUCUCGUCCUACCAGAAAGUCCUGAGGGACUCGAGAGACGACAAGCUCCCCAUGACCUACAAGGCCGUGAUGGUCCAGAUCCUGUGGCACCUGUUCACCAUCGGUGCCCGGGCGCUGGCCUUCGCCCUCUUCGCCUCCGUGUUCCAGCUUUACUUUGGCAUCUUCAUCGUGGCGCACUGGUGCAUCAUGACCUUCUGGAUCAUCCAAGGCGAGACGGACUUCUGCAUGUCCAAGUGGGAGGAGAUCAUCUACAACAUGAUGGUGGGCAUCGUGUAUAUUUUCUGCUGGUUCAGCGUCAGAGAGGGCCGCACGCGUUGCAGGUUGCUCAUCUACAGCCUGACGGUGUUCGUGGAGAACGUGGCGCUCACCGCCGCCUGGUUCGUGUACCGCGGCGCGGCCGAGCGUCACGGCGGCCCGGACUUCUACGCCGUCGUCAUGGUGUGCAUUGUGGCCAGCAGCUACGCGCUUGGCACCUUCUUCAUGUUUGUGUAUUACUGCCUGCUGCACCCUGACGGCUCCAUGUCCGGGUGGGGCUACAUAGCGGAGAAGGAGGUUCCCGUGGAGGUGCUGGCGUCGCCGACCUCCAGCCUCCCGCCGGAUCUAGUCGGCAGCCCGCCGAGGACCCUCCAGAGAACUAAAGGCUUGGACAGGGAGCCUGGGGUGGACGGAGACGUGUUUAAGGUGCGCCCUCCGCGGGGCGCCAAGCCCCCUGUGCCUCACCUCAAACCCAGGACAGAGGGCCCCGUCAUCCGAAUAGACCUACCGAGAAAGAAAUACCCGGCAUGGGACGCUCAUUACAUCGACCGACGGCUGCGAAAAACCAUCCUGGUGCUGGAGAGCGCAGCCCCAGUGACGCCGAGGAUUCAGUACCGCUGCCUGAGCACAGCCAAAGAAGUGAUGGAGUACGAAACCACCGUGUGAUGUGCCGGAGUUGCUGUGACUCAGCUGGACAUCCCGCCUUAAAGUGAAGAUGGCAGGAGGAACUGCUGUCAAUCCACAGUCUGUUUCAGCGCCGCGAUCUCCGAUUGCUCUCUGUGCUGAAGAAAAGAGAGGUGGAGGAAUGCGUCUUUAUGUUCUGCUAGAAAAAACAGAAAGGUUUAAAAGAAAUUAUGUUGUGUAUAGGGCUGGGCGAUAAAUCUGUUUAGUCAAUUUUUGAAUAUUUAAUUUGUAGAAAAUUAAGAUUUUUUUCCACUUCUUGGGUGAUAUCAGCAUGCCCAAGUCCGCCAUUUUGUUUCUUGUUUUAUUUGGAUUUUGGAAUUAGGUCAACUCUUCUAUAUAGAAUUAAGACCAAAUUUAUUUUUUAAUUACUAGAAUAAAGUCGUGUUUUUCAAACACAACAAAACAACAACAAAAAUUAAAAUGAGAAAUGCUGAGCAUCAAAUUAAAAAUUUAAAAGCAGCAGGACUUUUAAAUAGGGAUGCAAACAGUUACACGACUUAUAAUUAACUGCCGAUUAAUUGUUUCAGAUGAUUAAUAAAGUAAACCUUCUGGUGUUGUAGUUUGGCCUCCAUCCAGCAGAGGCGCUACUAGUCAUCCUUAAGCGGUGCCCUUGAUCCAGAAACAAAGAUGGCGGAAUAGCAUAACAGCGAUCCGAACACAGUCCGAUGUGAUGCAAAAUUAAUUUAAUGCGGUUUUGUUUUGAAAUAUAAACACUCGACAAGCUUUUUAAGUUUUCCCUAAAUAAAUUU